CACCCAGAACACAUUACAUUGCAUUGCAUUGCACACCCAGAUUGCACCGCAAGCCCCGACCGAACCUCUAACCUUUCUCUUCUCCUCCGUUCUCUUGCAGCACCACCCGGGCCCCUGAUUGCAAACGAUGCCCGUUGGCCAUGCCCCCUCCCCCCCUUAGGAUGCCGCCGCCUCUCCCCCCUCUGCUGCCGCCUCCUCCUCUGCUCCUUUUGCUUCUGCUGCUUCUCCCCCCUCCGUCCAGCACCGCCUCCCCCCCCCCCUCGUGCCCGGCCGCUUGCACUUGCAGCAAUCAAGCAAGCCGUGUGAUUUGCACCAGAAAACAACUUCAAGAAGUUCCGGGCAGUAUUUCAGUCAACACCCGUUACCUCAAUUUACAAGAAAAUCACAUCCAAGUCAUCCGAACCGACACCUUCAAACACCUUCGGCACCUGGAAAUCCUGCAGCUCAGCCGCAAUUUGCUGCGCCAGGUCGAAGUGGGGGCUUUUAACGGCCUCCCCAACCUCAACACCUUGGAGCUUUUCGACAACAGGUUGACCACGGUCCCCACUCAAGCUUUCGAGUAUUUAUCCAAGCUGAGGGAGCUUUGGUUGAGGAACAACCCGAUCGAAAGCAUCCCUUCUUACGCCUUCAACCGGGUGCCGUCCUUACGCAGGUUGGACCUGGGCGAGCUGAAACGUUUGGAGUACAUCUCCGAAGCCGCCUUCGAAGGCUUGGUUAACUUGAGAUAUUUGAACCUGGGGAUGUGUAACUUGAAAGAGAUCCCCAACCUGACGGCUUUGGUGAGGUUGGAAGAGUUGGAAUUAUCCGGGAAUCGUUUGGGGAGGGUGAAACCGGGUUCUUUCCAAGGUCUGAGCAGCUUGAGGAAGCUUUGGUUGAUGCACGCCCGGGUGGCGGCGGUCGAACGCAACGCCUUCGACGACCUGAAAGCCUUGGAAGAGUUGAAUUUGGCUCAUAACGAGCUCAGCUCGUUACCCCACGACCUCUUCGCCCCGUUGCACCGCUUGGAAAGGGUCCACCUCCACCACAACCCCUGGCGCUGCGACUGCGACGUGCUUUGGUUGGCCUGGUGGUUGAGGGAAACGGUGCCCAGCAACACCAGUUGUUGCGCCCGGUGCCACGCGCCCCCGCCGUUAAGGGGGAGGUAUUUAGGGGAAUUGGAACCGGGACAUUUCACCUGUUACGCCCCGGUUAUCGUAGAACCGCCGGCGGAUCUGAACGUCACCGAAGGGAUGGCGGCCGAAUUGAAAUGCCGAACCGGGACGGCGAUGACUUCGGUGAAUUGGUUGACGCCGAACGGGACUUUGAUGACGCACGGUUCGUACCGGGUGAGGAUCUCGGUUUUGCACGACGGCACGCUCAAUUUCACCAACGUCACCGUGCAAGACACGGGCCAGUACACCUGCAUGGUCACCAACGCCGCCGGCAACACCACGGCUUCCGCCACGCUCAACGUUUCGGCUGUGGACGCCGCCGCCGCCGCCGCCGCCGCCGCGGCAACCGGUUACACCUAUUUCACCACCGUCACCGUGGAGACGACGGAUGGAGGAGGUGCUGGCGGUGCAAACGGUGAGGAUACGGCCCUCCAAACCGCCCCGCUGCCGACGAUGGGUUGGGAUGCUUUGCCCGCCGGCGUAUCGACGGCGGCGCCGGCGACGCGUGCUACCGGGAAGCCUUACACCGUUCCCAUCACCGCCGCCGCCGCCGGCGGUGCUGCGGUGGGAAACGGUUUGGGUGGAGGUUUGCAGGAUUUAGACGACGUCUUGAAAACCACCAAAAUCAUCAUCGGGUGUUUCGUGGCCAUCACCUUCAUGGCGGCCGUCAUGCUGGUGGCUUUCUAUAAGCUGAGGAAGCAGCACCAGAGGCACAAGCAUCGCGGUGGGGCGGCCAGGGCGGUGGAAAUCGUCAACGUGGAGGACGAGUUGGGUGCUGGGGGUACAGGAGGAGGAGGAGGGGGUGGGGGUGGGGGUGGGGGUGGUGGGGGUCCGAUGGGUGACAGCCGUUUGGCGUUGCCGGCUUUGGAAAGGGAUCAUUUGGAUCGUUACGCCGCUUUCGCCGCUCAUUACGGCAACAGCGGGGCGGCGUUGGGAUGCGGGAAGAAUCCGCUCCUCAAUUCCGUCCACGAACCGCUGCUCUUUAAGAGCCCCUCC